ACUUAGAGCAACACUUUCCGUCUAACCGAGAGAGCAGCAAUUGAUUAAUAGCUCGGCGAGGGGACACACUGUUAUAAUAACACUACACCAGCAACUCCUGGCUUCCCAGCCGGAACGCAGGAGAGAGUGGCAAAUAGCCAUUUUCUUCUUUUCUUAAAAAAUACAGCAACUUGUUUGCUAGUUUUAUUUCUACUGGAUUUUCUUCUUCUUUUUUGGUGUUUGCCUUUAAGUGUGGAGGGCAAAAGGAGAUACCAACCUAGGCUCAGUCCAACCCCUCUCCAAAAACGGCUUCUCUGGCACACCAGGUAGCGAGGGAGUUGGGUCUCCAGGUUGCGCGAGGAGCAAAUGAUGACCGCCAAGGCCUUAGACAAAAUCCCAGUAACUCUCAGUGGUUUUGUGCACCAGCUGUCUGACAACAUCUACCCGGUGGAGGACCUCGCCACGUCGGUGACUAUCUUCCCCAAUGCCGAACUGGGAGGCCCCUUUGACCAGAUGAACGGAGUGGCCGGAGAUGGCAUGAUCAACAUUGACAUGACUGGAGAGAAGAGGUCCUUGGAUCUCCCAUAUCACAGCAGCUUUGCUCCCGUCUCCGCACCCCGAAACCAGACCUUCACUUACAUGGGCAAGUUCUCCAUUGACCCCCAGUACGCUGGUGCCAGUUGCUACCCAGAAGGCAUCAUCAAUAUUGUGAGUGCCGGCAUCCUGCAAGGGGUCGCCUCCCCAGCUUCGACUACAGCCUCAUCCAGCGUCACCUCUGCCUCCCCCAACCCACUGGCCACAGGACCCCUGGGUGUGUGCACCAUGUCCCAGACCCAGCCUGACCUGGACCACCUCUACUCUCCACCGCCGCCACCUCCUCCUUAUUCUGGCUGCGCAGGAGAACUCUACCAGGACCCCUCAGCGUUCCUGUCCCCAAGCACCACCUCCACCUCCUCCUCUCUGGGCUACCCACCGCCUCCUUCCUACCCAUCCCCCAAGCCGACCACGGACCCAGGUCUCUUCCCCAUGAUCCCAGACUACCCUGGAUUUUUCCCAUCGCAGUGCCAGAGAGACCUACACGGUACAGCUGGCCCAGACCGCAAGCCCUUUCCCUGUCCCCUGGACUCCCUGCGAGUCCCUCCUCCGCUCACUCCACUCUCCACUAUCCGCAACUUUACUCUGGGGGGCCCCAGUGUUGGGGCCACAGGGCCAGGGGCCAGUGGAGGCAGCGAGGGACCCCGGCUCCCUGGCAGCAGCUCGGCCGCAGCCGCCGCUGCUGCCUAUAACCCUCACCAUCUGCCCCUGCGGCCCAUUCUGAGGCCUCGCAAGUACCCCAACAGGCCUAGCAAGACGCCAGUGCACGAGAGGCCCUACCCGUGCCCAGCAGAAGGCUGUGACCGGCGCUUUUCCCGGUCCGACGAGCUGACGCGGCACAUCCGCAUCCAUACGGGGCACAAGCCCUUCCAGUGUCGGAUUUGCAUGCGCAACUUCAGCCGCAGUGACCACCUCACUACCCACAUCCGCACGCACACUGGCGAGAAGCCCUUUGCCUGUGACUACUGCGGCCGCAAGUUUGCCAGGAGUGAUGAGAGGAAGCGCCACACCAAGAUCCACCUGCGACAGAAGGAGCGCAAAAGCAGUGCUCCCUCGUCGGUGCCCGCUGCUUCUACGGCUUCAUGCCCUGGGGGCACGCAGGCUGGAGUGCCCCUGUGCAGCAGCAACAGCAGCACUAUUGGAGGAGGGUCCCUGGCCACUUGCUCCUCUAGGACCAGGACACCUUGAGACCAGACUCAGCCUGACACACCAGCUUCCUGAUGUCCCAGAGGCCCUUGGUCCACUGGAGCUGCACAACAAACACUACCACCCUCUCCUGCCCCUCUCUCCCUUCUUUGGGCAAAAGGGCCUUGGUGGAGCCCAGCACUGCCCCCUUUCCAUUUAGAAGCAGGUCCUUCCUAAACGUUAGCCCACCUGAGUCUUUCUUUGGUGAGUUGACUAUCACCCUAAGGUCAUGGAGAGGUUCUGGCAGGAGGUUUGGUGGGGGCCCCUGGCCUAGAGGGCUGAGGCCUAACCCUGCUUUAAAGGGUUGUUUGGCUAGGUUUUGCUCCCUCUCUCUUAUUUUGACCAAUUACAGGUUUCUGGCUCUGAAUGUCAGAGUUGAUCUGAGACGUUUUCUACAGUAGGUUGGGAGAUGCUGAUCCCCUUCAGGUGGGGACAGCAAAGACAGAAGCAAAACUGACGUGCACUUUAUGGCUUGGGAUUGAUUUGGGGGACGCUGUACAACGAGUAAAGCAUGGUCUUUAUGCUGCAUUGUGUGGCCCUGGAACAGUGAAUCCAAGUGUAUCUAGUCCUCUCAACCCUUUAAGCAAUAUGUAUUAUAAACUCAGAGAACAGAAGUGCAAUGUGACAGGAGGGACAUAGCAAUAUCUGCUCCUUUUUGAGUUGUUUGAGAAACGUAAAGAUUAUUUUUGCAGUGUAUAUCCACUCAGAUUUUGUGUAUUUUUGAUGUGCACUGUUCUCCAAGUUCUGAACCUUUGGGAAAAAAAAAAAGUAAAGCAUUUAUGAUCUCUUGAAACGAGUCAGAGGUUAACUUAUUUAAAAGGGGAUGUACAUAUAUUCUCUGAAUCUAGGAUGCAUGCAAUUGUGUUGGAAGUGUCCUUGGUGCCUUGUGUGAUGUAGACAAUGUUACAGGGUCUGCAUGUAAAUGGGUUGCCUUACUAUGAAAAGAAAAAUCACUCCCUGGGUUUAGUAUGGCUGUAUAUAUCUGCCUAUUAAUAUUUGGAAUUUUUUUUUUAGAAAGUAUAUUUUUGUAUGCUCUGUUUUGUGACUUAAAAGUGUUACCUUUGUAGUCAAAUUGCAGUUAAGAAUGUAAAUAAUGUUGCUGAACUGACUUGUUUGGUUAUUAGCUUUUAAUAGUCGUGGAAACAUAAAUGAUUUAUUCUAACACAAAACCACUAACUGAGAUAAUGGAUGGUUUAUAACUAUAGUGUAAAUAAAUACUUUUCAACAAUAUUUUUGCUUUAGAAAUCAUUUCUGAAAGAUUUGCUGGUUGGGAAUUUAAUAGUCAUACAGUGAUUUUUAGUGCUUUGACCAAGCCAGGAUAUCCAAGUUUUCUUUGCUAGCCUUUCAACACCAGCCCUCUCACCCCAAAGCAAUCUCCAUUCAUAAUCAAACACUAGUGUUCAGGGGAUUUCCCCAUUACAUUAGUGUAAAAGUAGGGAGGCGUUCUUUUGACUCAUUGUUCCGUCCUCUAUAACAGCCUAUAGCUUCUCACCACUCCUGAGUGGGCUCCGGAAAAUAAAUACUUACAAACAAGUGCCCACUCAGAGACUACACAUUUGCAACUGCUUUCAGAACCCUGACCAGGGGCAGGAACUCAGACCAAAUGUGGCUUUGUGGAAAGUGUGGUGGCGUGGUCAAGCUGGGAAUGACUUUCAGGUUCCUGGAUUAGUCUCAUGACCACAGAAAACUUUUUGAAAAGCGCUAUCACCUCUUCAGAUCAAAAAUGCAUUCAGACACUGCUGAUGACAGUGUUAAUGGGUUGCCAAAGGAAUCACCCCAGGACACAUUUCUCCCUGGUUAUCCCUAUUGGGAAGAUCAUUAAUCUGCCAUAGGUUUGGUGGGUUUAGAGAUUACCAAAAUACCCAGCUCAUUAGAUAAGGUAGGUGUCCACCAACCCUAAAAUCUCAAAGACAAUUUGUAUUAAAUAGGCAAAUACUGUUCUCCAUGGUACUGGAUGAUGGUUUGCAAGAGUACACUAUGGGGUUCAUUUUACUGCAAGCCUUUUGUAGUGAUUAUAAAAUAUAAAGCCACCCCCCCCCCAAAAAAUUGUCUUUAUGAACUUAUCUUUCUCUAAAAUUGGGCCUAAAUAUUUUUCACCCACUGCUUCUGGAUCCUUACACAAGUUUAACACAACACGUUGGAGUGCCCACUAUUCAGCUACACUGCCCGAAAACCCUGCCGUUUGUCCUGGCUGAUAAUUGAUGGCCUGUACUUUAGCAGAGAGAGCAAUAGCUACUCCCGGAAACUACUUUUUGCCCUUACUAGCACUAGAAUUUGAGUUCUAAUAUGUGGAAGUAAUUAACCCUUUUCUUAUUUCUUCCCUGUCCAAAUUUCUAUAACUACUAAACAGAAGUUUCUAAACUUCAGUGUCAGAUUUCCUAGUGACUGGCGUUAUUCUUAGAGUCCUAUUUCCUUGCUUGGCCAAUAUUAUCAUCCUUGCGUGGCCAAUUUUGUUUAACAUGUACAAAACUAUGCCGCAUUUUGAUAAUUAUGUUUUAAAUGAAGACUUCCCUCCUACCAAAAUUUCAUUAUAUUAAUAUAUAGCACACCUAAGUUUUAUAAGAUCGAUGAUUGUCUUGCCAAAUUUUAAUUUUAGAGCAACUUCAGUCAAGAUAAUGUAAAGUUUGCAAGACUAAAAGAGCUUUUCUAAAAAAAGUAAGAUGAAAUACAUCUUAUGAUAGUCAAAUCAGUUACAUAAUCACUUUUACAUUGACAUGGGCUUGGUGAAGUGGAAUAAUAUACUGUAACGUGUUUUUUUUGAGUCAACGUUACGACUUUUACUCCUUGAUUUCAACAUGUUAGGUCAAUCUUUAAUCGGAUUUUACUUUUGGCUCCACACAUUCAGUAGUUCUCACGGGUCAUUUUCUUUUUUUUUUUUCUCAAGAAAUAAAGUAUAUUAAGCUAAGUUGGUUCCUUCUUAUUGCUUUAUUGCAUAAUAUUAUUGAUGCUUCAGCUGCUACUAGAAUUCUUAUUAAAAAUAAACUUCUGGAGAGUAAUUCCUUAAAGAUCAUAAUGCACUCGAGAUAGUUCAGUAAACAUUAAAAAUAGAUCUAUUAAACCUAAAUAAGGUUUUCAAUUAUUAAUAAACAAGCCUAUUUAAUUUCAAUAUCCUAACUGCUAAUUAAAUUAAGGCACACUGUUAGGUAUAUAUUAAAAAUGACUGUAGUGCUAUUUUAACAGUUCAAUACAAUGUGUAUUGUGUGUGAGAAAGAAUGGUCAGCAUCAUCACAAGUGCCUAAAGUGCCUCCACUCUAAACAAUUAAACAAAUUUUACAGUAAAAGGAAAGACAAGAAAAUAUUUAAAUCCAAAGAUUCUUUCCUUUGUGGAUGAAAAUAUUUUUGUUUUCUUGCACAAGUUUAUUUUUCCUUAAGUUAAAUAGAAAACAUAUUUUCUGUUGCAGCAAAAUAGUAUGAUUAAACAUUAAAUAGUUUCAGAUUAUGUUUUCAAUCAACUGUUUCAAAGCACACUCUCAAGGAAAUAAACUUUAGAAUCUGCAGGCCAUCAGUUGUUGGUACAUCAUCUUACAGUAUAGACCAUGAAACUUUAACAGCUAGUAAAAACGUAGUCAUUUGUAGCAAGUAAUACUUUCCUUCUCUAUUUUGCAAUAAUCAAGUAAGAUUUACCUAUAAACAAUUUCAAACAUGCCUUUAUUUUCCAUAAGUACACUGAUUUUAAUCCAGAAAUGUAAACAUCUCUGGAUCUGAAGAUUCAGUCUUUAUAUGGGGCUUAACAAAUGAUUUCCCUCUUUGAUAGUAGAUGCCUCAUUGCACUAAAGGGAUCAGAGGUCCCAAGUUCAGACCAGGAGAGUUACAUGAGUGUUACUACCCGCACGUUAGAGUUCAAUAGCAAUGGGCAGAGCCCUGGAUUAGAGAUAUAUUGCUUCUUUAUCAAGCUGUAGAGCCAUAGCACAAGAUUCAAAGUCAUUUAGAAAAUAUGAGUGAUGACAGAGUCCUCCUGGGAUGCCAAGACUGAGGUACCUACAAGUGGAUAAUGCAAAAGGAGGAAUAAAAGGUGGAAACUUUGGGAGAAGUUAAAGGAUUAAUGUUAAAAGGUCAGAGACCCACUCCUGUUGACAAACAUAUUACUUUAAAAAUAGGCUCACCAUUUUCAUUAAUAAACAGCAAUUGGUAUAAACAAUCCGUGCAAAUCAGGCUUAAUAAAAAAUCAAUUCUCAUAAAGUAGUAGGUAGAUAAUACUCUCCAUUGAUAAAAGUGGCCAUUGAUAUAACCAGAAAAUUAAAAAGCUUUAGAAGUAUUAGACAGACAACUUCUUACCCAUGAGAGGCAAUUAUUGAAUGUUAUGCAACAGAAAAGUUAAGUGAUUAGUAUCAUUGUGCUCAUUAGUCUUUGUAGGGAAGACAACUUUUUCCCACCGUUGUUACUAAAACAGUCUAUAUUGCAGGAAUACAUGGAAACACAAUAGCAGCACAUGAAGUCACUCAUGACUAACAGUUUAUGCAGAAAAGUGCAAGGUUUUUCUGCACAUUUAUCUUAGUAAUAAGAAUAGUCUUUUCUUAGUGGCUCAUUAAAACAGGUCACAUUUUGUGUUCACCAUUAAUUUAUUCAGAAUUUAUUAGUGAACCAAAAGUUUCACUGUUCCUCUUGAACUAAAUUAGAGAUAUCAUAUUGCUGUUCUGGCCUGCAACAAUUUCAGUUAUUCUUUUGAAAAGCACCUUAGUUUUUUUUCAUUCAACUUGCUUGUACUUGAGAACUUUAAAACUUUUCAUAAUGAAAUUAGGAAAAUCGUUUCUCCUUUAAUAUUGUGCUAUUGCCAGAAUGGUUAAUUUAAUGUCCUCCAGGUUAUAUUAUAACAUACACAUUACUGUCCACAAUCUUAAUAAGUUAAUCUUAACUUUUUGCUACAAUAUAAUUCAAAACAGGUAAGUAUGUGAUUGUUAACCAAACACAUUCAUACUGUGCUAUGAAAAACACCCAUUUGGUAAAGUUUUCUAAGAAAAUCGUUUCCAUAGCUAGAACUUAUUUUCAAACUGAAUGCAUAAAGAACUGCUUCAAACUGCUCUCAAGUUAUAUUGAAUGUGAAGCUACCAUAAACAAUAUUAGUAACUCUGGAGAAUAUUCUUGGUGUUAUGCCUGUGUCAGGAUUUAUAACAUAGUGGCAUGUUGCUUUGAGUAAACAUCUCUUUUUUUUGUAAAUAAUAGUAAUUUCAUUAAGAAUUUUGCUUUUUCAUUCUAUCUAAAAAUUUGGGAACAAAUAUUCCUUCACUCUGGGCCUCUGUAACCCAGUGUGCAUGAAAAGGCAAAGGCACAUACUGUUUUCCUACAGGGUCCACACUUUCCACCAAUAGCAAAUCUCCCUUUAUUACAGAUAUUAGAACUGGACUGCCACAUGGGCCAGUCAAUCAAGAGGGCUUAGACGACAGCUGGGCAAAUUUUAAUGUGUUUAUUUCUACAAUUUGUUAUUAAAAGUUUGUGAAAAAAGGAAUCCUAUUAAUAGUAAUAAGGGGGAAACAAUAGUGCUUCAUGGCCGGAAGCAAAUGGUGUCAAUGUGUUUGUAAACAAGGUCAAGUUGCUCAAGACUAUUAAAAGGACAAACAUAAAACUAGUUACAGAUAGCACAACUGUUCAAGAGGCUGGGAGUGGGGGGUUUUUGGUGCCCUAAAAUGGCCAGCAGAAUAAUUAAUUCUCAAUUGCGGAGCCUGGGUCGCCAGUGCCUUCUCGCUCUCCCUAUAGAAAACCACACCAGAUGAAGCAAGCGCUGGCUCUCUCCUGCUGGAGGGACAGGGUUCUGAGAACAGGGCCACCAACAACACAGCUGGAACCACCAGCUCUCUGGAACAUUAGGUGUGAGAGAAUUUGAAACAGUCAACAUUUUCCUCUACUUUUGCAGGAAAAUACCGGAAGUAAAUAGGGAACAUGGAGUUCAACAGCUGGCCAGGGGUGUUUUACAUUCAGUUGUUUGGAAGCAUACUGAUUCAGUGCCUCUGAAUCUUCUGGUUAGAAAAUACAGCACUACCCUACCACCUCUUAUACUAUG